GUGAAGGACUGGAAGGAUUUGUCUGCCAACUAAACCUUUACAAUGUCAAGACAGAGGACCAUGUAUGUCUUGUUGUUGUGGUUCUACCUCAUGCUACCCACUCUGCUCUGUAAAAACUUGCUCUGCUACUUCAGCCCUUAUGAGACAUUGGAAACAAAAAGGAUGUUCAAGCUUGUGGUGACAGAGUUCCCCCCAAAAGAGGUGUGCUACAAGGCCGAAGGUCGCUACGGGAACCACACUGGACUCACACACAGGGGAUGUAUGCUCCUGAAAAAUUGCAGCCAAGUGAAAAAGAACAGCCUAAGAAAAACCAUAUACAACACAAGCUACUCGCGCUGCGACUGGUCCUACUGUAACUCCGGCACAGACGUAUCAACCAACUUUGUCACACUGUUCAUUAUCAUGGGUGGUCUAUCACUAAAACUGAUAGGACUAUAAAAGACUUUUGUGAUAUUUUAAUAUCGUAAACGACACCAGUUUGCACUGGUUUUGAUCUGACAGCCUCAGCACUGGCUAAUGCUGAAGCAUUUAUUUCGACUAGAAAAGAAAUAAUUUUUAAAUUUUGUUUUGUAAACUGUAUGCAUAUUUUAAUUCUUUAGUUAACAGUAAAACGUGUACCAUUUUACUCAAGUAUUUGACACUUCUUUGGAGGUACAUAACCAGUGACAUAGACUACAUUUUAACACCCACUGUACCCACACUUCCUUUGAGUUUCUCAGAACUUUCAGUGAGCUGUAAAUGAGAAAAUGUGUGUCAAAAUAUAGUAGUUAAGAAGGAGCACAAA